CUCUUACUCUCACCCUCAUACUCACACAGACUCUCUCUCUCUCUCUCUCUCUCUCACUUAAAAGCACACGCACACACGCACACACACACACACACACACACACACACACACACACACAUAAAUAUAAUUAUACUUUUAUUUUAUCAUCAUGCCAUUUGGAAUUGGUCAUGAGUUGGUUUGCCAGAUUUCUAGAGCAGCGCUCUGGUCAUUCUUUUCUGAUAUCAAACUUGAAGACGUCCAGAAUGUACCUACCGAGGGACCUUUGAUUGUUGCAGCCACGCAUCACAAUAUGAUUGUAGAUCCUGCAACACUUUCAGUCACAUACCCUAAUCAUCGCCGAUUGCACUAUUGGGCAAAAAACACAAUGUUCAAGCAUCCUUAUGCUAGCCAGUUCUUGACCAAUUGUGGUGUUGUGCCGGUUGACAGAACGACCAAAAACAACGCACAGCUCUAUGCAUCCACAUUCGAAGUACUUCGUAUUGGUGAAGCUGUGGCUGUUUUCCCGGAAGGCACUAGUCACACUUUACCUCACCUGGGUAUCUUUAAAGAUGGCGUGAGCUUUGCUGCACUAGAAUACGCAAGAUUGAUUGCCGAUGACCCUCAUCCAAACGCAGACGGAAGCCUCCCGCAACAAGCAGAUGUACUUCCGGUGGGAAUUGUCUAUCCUGAAAAAUCAAAGUACCGCAGCGUUGCAAUUGUGCGCUAUGGAAAGCCAAUCAAAGUUGAACCAUACAUGGAUCUGUACAGAAAAGACCCUAAGCAAGGAGCCAAGCUCCUGACCAAAGACCUCAAGGCAGCAAUCGAGAAAUUGACUGUCAAUGCACCCGACUGGGAAAGUAAAGAUGCAGCAGAGAUGGCACGUUGGUUAUUAUUCCCGGGUGAGAAUGGUCUGAUGAAUGAUUAUGUAGAUGUUACUCAAAGUCUGAUUUGUGCUAUUACUGAGCUCUCCAAAGAUAAACCAGAGAUUGCACAACUACAGGAGAGUUUAAGAGUGUACAAGCUUGAAUUGGAGGCAUUGGCUCUCAAGGAUUCGCACAUCGCAAAGUACAGUGAAAAAGACAUUACAACCGUCACGACCACAAUUGAAUUGCUGCGCCGGACGGCAGCCAGUCUGCUAGAUCUUCCACUGUUCUUACCUGGUCUGAUUGCACAUGUGCCUCUGUAUGUGGCUGGCUACUUUGGAGGCAAGUUUGAGAUCUACGAAGAAGUGCGAGCGCAAAACAAGAUCUUUUUUGGCCUUGUGUUGGUUCCGUUUAUCUAUGUGAUCGCCUUCGUCUGGGCUUGGUCUGCUCUCUUUGAUCGUUCUUUCUUUGGGUUCUUUAUUGCCUUGGCAACCCUCGGCGUGUUUGUGUGGUACCAUGUGGCGUCGAUUGACGAGCGAUACGAGAACUUUAAGGAUCUCAUCGGGCGCUGGCGGUUGUUUGAUGCGGUUGUGUUGGGCCGUGGCAUGUGGAGACGUCGGGAGAGAGUGUUGGAACUCAAGAAGCUUAGAGAUGCCAAUCUGGCAGGAAUAAGACAGAUGACCAAGACCUACAAGUCCCAAAACGAUCAUGUUCACCGCGUCUGGUUGGCUGUGCGCAGUCGUGUGAGGAAGUUUGGGGAUGUGUCUAAAUUGCACGGUAGACGCAAAGCACUGGCAAAGCAGUACGAAUGGUCGUUUGAAGGAUAAAUCCCAUAUACAUAUACAUAUACAUACGCACACACACACACACACACACACACAUAUAUAUAUAUAUAUAUAUAUAUAUAUAUGUGUGUGUGUGUGUGAGUGGGUGUGUAUAUGUGUGUAUUCUAGCUUUAUCUUUUUUUUCUUUCUUGAUACUUUUUCUUUGUUAUAUAUACAUAUAUAUGUAUAAAAUAUUGACCACAUAAAUCACAUACAAUUACAAGUAAAUAAAUAAAUAUAUAUAUAUAGUGAUAAAGUAUCAUGAUAAAGC